AUGCCUACCAAAGAUUUUGCUGAUUUAGUUAUGUUACCACGCGAAUGGCGUCGUGGUGAUGAUUGUAUUCAAUGGCCACGAAAUCAUGAUUAUUAUAAUAUUGAAUGGCUUGAAAAUCUUUGGAAAUAUAUUAAUGAAAAACUUCCUACUGAUUUAUCAAUGCUUGAAAAUACCAAUAUACUUUAUUUACAACCUUUAUCACGUCCAUUAGGUGCUUCAACAGCUAAUAAUAGUAUAUCUUUAUAUAAAUUAUCAAAAAAUAUCGGUCUGAUACAAUUACCAAUUGUGCCAAGUAAAGAUGAUUUAGCUAUACAAAAAGUUUUAUUGAAAUUAAAUUUUUAUUGUAUUGAACCAUUUCCUGAAAUCAUUCGUCGACAUAAAUCUAUUGAUGAAUAUGUACCACAAUUAUCAUGUUUAGGUUUAUUACAAAUAUUUAAAUGUCGUUUAAGACAUUUUACACAAUUAAAAAUUCAACAUGAAUUUAAUACAUUAUUAAAUGAACAUGAUAUGAAAUUAUUAAGACAAUAUUUAUCAAGAAUAAUGACACAACAAUUAGAUGAUGCAAAUAUUCAAUGUAUUAAACAAUUACCUAUAUUUGAUAAUGCAUAUUUAGGCGUUGAUUCAAAUCAACAACAAUAUAAAUAUAUAAGUUUAAAUAAUAUUUUAUAUAUUUAUGAAUCUGGAACGAAAUUACCUUGUGAUUUACAACCACCUAAACAAUGUAUACAUGUUACAGAUAGUGAUUCAAGAAUAUUAUUAGAUAAAUUAGGUUAUGUUAUUCAUGAUUUCACUCAUGUUGCAAGAUAUCUUAUAACAACAAUUGGACAACAACAACAAUUAAAUAUCCAACAGCAACAACAACAACAACCAAAUGCAUCUACAAUCAAUACAACAUUUAAGAAUGAUCAACAAAAAAUGGCAUUUUUAGGUAAAUGGCUUUUAUCGAAUUGUGCAAAUUUAAUUUUAACAGAUGUUGUUUGUCAAGAUACAUUAUCAACAAGUCGAUUAUUUUCGAAUCGUAAAGGUGAACUUUGUUCAUGUCAACAAAUGUUUGAUCCAGCAUCAUUUCAUAUAAAUAAUAAAGAAAAAUUUUUAAUUUUAUUUGAAUCAAAAUAUUUACCAUCAAUUGAUAUAUGUUCAACAAAUGAACAUCUUACAUUACUUAAACAUCUUAAAUUAAAACAAUUUUAUGAUAUUAAAUGUGAUGAAUUAAUUGAUAUAUGUGAAUUAACAAUAAAAGAAUCAGCAACAAAUGGUAAACGUUCAUUAAUGUUUUUACUAGCUGAUUUUAUAAUUGAUAUAUUAAAUCAAAAUGCAAAAUUAAUUGAUGAUUAUUCUCAAACAAAACGAAUAAGUCUUAAACAAUAUUUAAAUAUAACACAAUGGAUACCCGUUAUGCUUGAAAGACCAACUACAUACCCAUCAACAUUAACAUGGCAAGGUUCUAUUGAUUCACGUCGUCCUUUUGUCACACCACGUGAAGUGUGUGAUAAAUCCAAUGCAUUUCUUGUUGGUGCAACCGCACUUGUUUCAUCUCUAGAUUUACCUGAAUCAUUUCUUUCUUCUUCACGUUCUUUAACAAUUUCUUCAUCAUCCAAUCGUUUAUUACUUGAUAUGCGUGAAAUCAAACUUGAUUUAUUAAUCAAACAACUAAAAUGUAUUGUUCUCUGUUACUUAAAAUGUUCAUCACACGAACAAAAAAGUGAAACAUUUGAUUAUUUAAAUUUAUGUAAACGUAUCUAUGAUGCAUUAUCACAUAUAAAUAAUCCAAGUGAUAUAUUAAAAGAAAUGCGUAUAUGUGAUUUAAUUGAUUGGAUAUGGAAUGGUACAAAUGGUUUUUCAUCAUCAAAUCAAAUAUAUUUAAUUGAUAAAACACAUCCAUUAGCAUCCUAUGUACAAAUUCUUCCAUAUGAAUUAUAUAAUUAUCGAAAAUUUUUUGAAUCAAUGGGUGUUAAAUAUCAACCGGAUUCAGCUAAAAUCGAAGAUAUAAUACGUAAUCAACAAAUUUAUGAUGAAAAUUUAUUUAAAUGGAUUAAAGAUACAUAUACAACCGAUCGACGUUUAUUACAAAUUGUUAAUGAUAUGGAAGUUAAAACAACAAAACAAGUCCCACCAACAAAAAAUAUUUUAGACGAACAAACAAGAAUAACAUUUUCAAGUACAUUAGAUUUGUCUGAAGAAAAAAUCUAUCUUUAUCUUCCAGAUAUAUUUAAUAAACAAAAUAAUGUGAAAGAAACUGUUGUUCAAGCAUUAACAACAAUAUCAAAAGAAAAAAAAUGUCAGUUAUUAACUGAAGAAGAUUAUUUUAUACGUAAAAUGUCUGGUGUUGAAUAUCAAAAAAAUCUUUAUGAUCAUUAUCGGGCAUAUAAUGAUUUACUUUUACCUAAUUUAAAUGUUUUACCUAAAAAUGUGAAAGAUACAUUAGUAUUAUUUGCAUUAGAUCAUGCCGAUGCAUUAAUGUUGAAUAUAUUAAAACAACAUUGUUGUAUACCAUGUACACCAAAUGGAAGAAUAUUAAAUAAACCAUCAAAAUUAAUACAUCCAUAUUGUCGUUUAGCAUCUCUCUAUUCAGAUAUUGAUUCAUUAUUUCCAUAUGGUGGACAAGAUUCAUAUUUACGAGAAGAUCGAUUAAAUGUUUUAAAAUUACUUGGCAUGAAAUGUGAUGAUAAUCUUGUAACAUGGCCUGAACUUGUUGAACGUUGUGAAUCUAUUCAACGUAUGCGUGAUUAUGAUUUAGCACAUGAACGUUCAUUAGCACUUCUUCAAAUUCUUAAUGAUAUGUUAUCAAUAUCAUCUUCAAAUACAACACGAACAUUUGAUGAAAAUGAUGAUUCAACAGAUCGUCGUUCACGUCAAUCAACAUCAAUAUCACGUGAUAAACCACCAAAUACUCAAUCAUCAAUUACUAAUACACAUGAAGCACUUCAGGAUAAAGAAGCACGUACACGUGCAUCAGUACAAUUACGUGAAUUACCAUUCAUACCAAUAAAACCACGACCAAAUGAAUUAAAUGGUAUUAGUUUAACUUGGAUGGGUGAUAAAUAUAUCGGAAGAUUAUUUAAACCAAAAGAUAUUUUAUCUCAACAAUAUGAACAAUUAGUUUGUUGUUCAUGGCCAAUAGCACAACAAUCAAAAAAUGCUCAAGAACAACCAACUAUAACAAAACAAGUUGAACAUUUUCUUGGACUUGAUGAUACAACGAAAAUUGAAUUACGUGAUGUACUUAAACAACUUGAUGAACUUGCUAAAUUAACUGUUAUCAAUGGUCCAAGUUCAACUAUAUAUAAUCAUCAAAUAACAUCAAAAUAUAUUCUUGACAUGAGCUAUUCAAUAUAUGAUUAUAUUCAAUCAUUCUGUUUUCCUCAUAUAAAAACCAGUGAAAAUUUAUUUGAAUAUCGUUCAUCAUCGAUGACAUCGGCUCAAUUAGAACAAUGUAUACGUGAUAUACGUGAAUUUUUCUCACAACGUCGUCUUAUUUAUAUGAAUGAUUCAUCAUCAACCGAUACCUAUUUAUUUCUAUCAUUAUCACAAUUAUUAUGGCAAGCACCCACACGUACAUCAAUAUCAAAUAAUUUAAAACCAUAUUAUUAUCCAAUAUCAUUAUCAUUACAUAAACAAUAUAAGAAUUUUUUUCUUGAUUUAUUACAAGUUAAAAUGCAAAUUGAUGGUAAAGAUCUUUUAAAUAUAAUUGAACAAAUUAAAAAAAAAUAUGGUACAAAACCAAUAGAUAAAGAUGAUUUAACAUUAUUACAAAAUAUUUAUACAUUAUUAAUUGAACAAUAUUCAAAUAUUUUUAAUACAAAUACAAUAUUACAUUUACCCAAUGUUGAUUGUGUUCUUCAUCCUGGUUCAACAUUAUUUUUUUAUCCAUUUGAAAGAGAACAAAUGUUGUCAAAUCCAUCAUCAUCAUCAUCACAAGAUGAACAUUAUGUACAUCCAUCUGUUGAUCGACGUGUUUGUCUUAAAGCUGGUGUUAAAGUACGUAAAUUACCCACUGUAACAGCAACAGCAACAGUAUCAUCAACUCCACCCAUACCAUUAAUUGAAUCACCAACUGUUUCAACAAAUCUUCCAAGCAAUUCAACAUCACGUUUAUUUCCAAAAAUAUUUGGUAAUAAAAAAUUAGAAUCAAUCUUAGCACGUCUUGAUGAUCCACAUAUAAAUCCACAAUUAGUUGAAAAUAUGGAUGAAUUAAAUCCAAAUAUUGUCUUAGAAUUUUUACUUGAAUCAAAUAAACAUACUCAAAUAACAAACAAUCUAUCCGAUGAUGAUAUUGUAAUUAUAUUAAAAUAUUUUAAUGAUUUUCUUAUACAUGGUUAUCAAGGUAAUUUUCAAAAAUUGCGUGAAUUAAAAAUUUAUAAACCACUCUGGGGAAUUUUAUCUAAUGAUGAUAAACAACAACAACAAAUACCUAUACAACAAUGUUGUUCAUUAGAAAAUUUUUCACAUGUUUAUAUCUUAAAUGAAGAAUGGUCAAAUAUUAUACGUCGUUCAUUUAAACGAAAUUUUUUUAGUGAACAAUUUCAUGAGAAGAAAACCGUAUUUUUAAUGCAAAAAAAAAUUGAACCAUUAAAUAAAAUCUUUUGUCAUAUACGUUUUAAUAUUUUAAGUGAUUUGGAAAUCUUUUUACAAUUAUGUUUACCAUAUUUUCGAAAAUUAGAUGUUAAAUCACAAGCAAAUCUAUUAAAAUAUUUUAUUGAAGAAAUCGAAGAAAAAUUAUUUCCACAUGAUAAAGAACAAUGUAAAAAACAAUUACAUGAUCUUUUAGAAAUAUUUACACAAACAUCAAAUAAUCAAAAUGAUUGUUUACAAAAAACACCAGCAGGAAUUGCGAGAUCAUCGCGUGAUCCACCUGAAAUUUGUCCAAUACAUGAAUUAUAUGAUCCAAAUAUAAAAAAUAUUCGAUCGAUUCUAGGUGUUCAUCAUUUCCCUGAUGAACAAUUUCAUACACCAACAUUAUUAAAAUUUCUUAAAGAAUGUGGCCUUCGAUCGUAUAUAUCAACAGAUAAAUGUAAACAAAUUAUGGAAUCAAUACAACUUAAUGUUAAACAAGAAGGUUGGACAAAUGAACAACGUAAACGUUCAAAAUAUUUAUAUGAACAUUUAUUAACAAAUUGGACACGUUAUGAUAAUUCAAUAUUAGAUUAUAAAUUUCUUGAACCCUAUCAAAUGCGUUCAGAUAAUGAUGAUUUAUUACAAUUACAUGAACAAUAUACCAAUAGUUCAGAUACAAAUUCAACAGAUUAUUUUCGUUUUACAUGUAUUAAAUUAAGUGAUGGAGAAUUAAUGAAAGAUGCAAAAUUAUGUUGGACAUCAUCCUAUUUAUUACCGGAAUUUAUACGUCUUGAACAUUAUAAUGAUAUCAAUGAUCAAAAAGAAUCUAUUGAACAAAAUGCUUUAGAAUUUUUUAAAUUAAAUAAAAAACCAUCAUAUGCAUUAGUACAAAAAAAUCUAUCGAAUUUAGCAAAAAAAUUUUCAUUAAAAAAUCAACAACAACUAUUCAAUGAUUUUAAAUCUCCUUCGGUAACAAUAAGUCAACAUAUUGUUGAUGAUAUAUUAAUACCAGUAUUAAAAUCGAUUUAUAAUUAUUUUCAAUAUGAAAUUAAAAUCGAACGUCGUGUUGAAAUCUAUAAAGAAUUAGAAGAUCGUGAAUGUAUUUAUUCUCGUACACGUCGACAAUUUUUACCAGCAAAAUAUUUCUGUUUAAAUUUACCAAUCACGGAUGAAAUACCACCAUUUAUAUUCUCAUUAGAUACUGAAUUUCAUGAAUAUAAAGAAUUUUUUCUACAAAUUGGUACACAACCUGAACCACAUCCAAUGUUAUAUGGUGAUAUAUUACGGAAAUUAUCAAAAGUUUGUGAACAAGAUUAUUUAAAUUCAAAUGAAUUAUGUAAAUCAUUGAAAGCUAUGGAAUGUUUCUUUAAAUAUUUAGCAACAAGUACAACAAUUACUCCACAAACUAAAUUACCUGGUCUCUAUCUUGUAUCGAAUGAUUUUAAAUUAAUAAAAUCUAAUGAUAUUGUCAUUAUGGAUGAUAAAACCAAACUUGAUUAUAUGACAAAAUUAAAUCAAGAUAAAUUUAUGUUUAAUCCUAAUGAACGUGUACUUAAACUUGAUCCUAAUCCUCCAUCUUCAAAUUCGAAACCAAAUAAUACGGCAACAAAUUUAAAAGAUAUUAUUGAUAAAAUAUUUGUUAGUCAACGUCCAGUAUUAUUUAGUCAGAAAUAUGAAGAAUCAUUUUCAAUAACAAUUCCAGAAGAUGAAGAAUCACAUCGUCAACGAUUUUUAUUUAAUCUUGAAAGAAAAUAUAAUCAAUUAUUAUCAUCACGUCAUUUACAUCGUUGUAUGGCACGUGUUAUUGCUAAUCAUGUUGCACGACAACAAAAUCCAAAGAUAAUAUCUCUUGAUGAUGUUGAAAAUUUAAUUCGUCAACGUUUAACAUUUGUUAAAGUCACAUGUGUUGAAUAUCUUGAAACAAAUUUAAUUUAUAAAAAAACUCAACAAAAAAUUGAUACAUCAGUUGAUGAAAAAGCUGUUUAUCUUGUUGUUGAAGGAGAAGAAAAUGUUAUUUUAUAUAUUAGCAUGAAACAUACAGAACAACCAUAUUUUACAUUAUGUUUAGCACGUGCAUUAAGUCCAUGUUUAGGUUUAUCAGAAUUACAAUUAGAUAAUUCUGUUAUGGCUGCUCUUUUAGCAACAACUAUUGGACAAAUGGCUAAAUUAUUAAAUUUAGUUAAUGUUGCAACAGAAGAAAAUAUUUUAUCUAUACUUAAAUUACAAUAUAUACCAUCACCAGGUAAUGUUUAUGGUGAUGAUAUUGAACAAUUACAACAAUUUAAUAUUGAACAACAUCAAAUUUUACCAGGAGAUUUAUGUGUUUAUCGUGUGAAUGAUUUAUAUAUAUAUUGUGAAGUUGAAAAAAUUAUUAAAGAAUCAUUAAAUGACAAUGAUAAUAAUAAUACGAAAGAUGAAUGGUCAUAUAAAAAAUCUGAUUCAUCAUUAUCAUAUGUAUUUAUAUGUAAAAUAAAUGAUGCUAAUGAAACACAAAAAAUCGAUGCACCAAAUUUUUAUGUACUUGAACAUUGGUCAAGAAUAUUCGAUGCUGUACAUACGAAACCAGUUGACGAAAGAGAAUCAUUUAAAUCAUCAUCAACAACUACUCAGGGCAAAAAUGGUGAUAAAGAUAAAUUCAACGAUGAAAAAACUUCUUCCUCUUCGAAACGUUCAGGAAAAUCGAAUAAUACUGGUGAUACUACAAAUGAUACGAAUAAAUCUACGAAUGGUUCAGAUAAUUUUAAACCUUACGGUCAAACAUCAGCUGAUAGUGAUUCAUCGGGUACUGCAACAUCCGAAUCUCAAUCCGAAUCCGAAUCAACUCAAGCCAACGAACAAGAUAUGAUUGAUAAAACUGAACUUGAAUUAACUAAAACAGAAAUCUAUAAUGCUGUUCGACAAGCAUAUCAAUUAACUGGACAAGAUCGUAAAAAAACAGUUAAAAAAUUAUUAUUAAAAUGGCAUCCAGAUAAAAAUCCCGGUCGUGAACGUUUUGCUGCUGAAGUAUUUAAACAUUUACGUAAACAAAUUGAUCAUUUCGAAAAUGAUCCAUUAACAUCAUUUUUUAAUACAUUCAAUAAUUUUCAUCAUACACCAUUUUCAACAUCGGAUCCAAGAUUUAGUUGGAAUAAAUAUUCCAAUACAACAAAAAGUGAUCCGCAUCAAAGUUCAUCAUCAACAGCAACAGGUGAUGAACGUUUUGGUAGUUUUGAUAAUUUAAAUAAAGAUACAAAUGAUGAUACAAAACGUAGUUAUCAAGAUAUACCUAAAGAUCCUACCGAUACGACGAAUGAAACAAAUGGAAAUACAAAUAAAAGUCGUUUUAGUCCACAUCGUUCAUCAUCAUUUCGUACAGCUCGUGAAGAAUGGCAAUAUCGUCGUCAACAUGGUUUUCAACGACGUCAUGGAUUUUUUAGUCCAACAGAAGAAAAUACAACCAAUGGUACAAGUACGACAACGAAUGGAACAAAUACUCAAACAUCAUCAUCAACUGGAGGAAUUUCUGAUCCUAUUUUUGAAGAAAGUCCAAAUGCACGUCGUAAACGUAAUUAUCAACAAUCAGAAGCUGAUCGAUGGCUUAAACAAGCUCAACAUGAUUUAGAAAGUUCAUAUAGUGAUAUGCAUUCAUCUACUGGUCAAGUUGCAUAUGACUGGGCUUGCUAUAAAUGUUAUCGAGCGGCUGAAAAAGCCUUAAAAGCUUAUCAUUAUUAUAAAGAUACAGGCAAAAAUAUGACAGCUGAUAUUCCUGGUCUAUUAAUUGGUGUUGAUAAUGAUGUACGUGAAAUAGGUUAUAAAUUAUACAAAUGGAUCGGUGAUCCAAAUCGAAUGCAAUAUCCAAAUGCAGCACGAUUUGCUAAAAUUCCAGCUGAAGUAUUCACUGUUUCACAAGCUGAACAAGCUAUUGAAUAUACAAAAGAAUUAUUGAAGAAAAUCGAAGAUAUUAUGUAUCCGUGA